AAAAUCUACUUCUGCUCUAGAACGCACUCGCAAUUGAACCAAGUCGUGAAAGAGGUAAAGAAGACGAAGUUCGCUGAUCAACUUCGCGUCGUCACCCUUGGUUCGAGAAAGACGCUGUGUGUCAACGAUAGGGUAUCCACGCUCAAGUCAUCGAAUGCUAUCAAUGAAGCGUGUUUGCAAAUGCAACUGAAAUCAUCCUCCAAGAUCACAAAGGCAAAAGACGGCCAGCGUCGAAAGUGUCCCUCGAAAUGUCCGUAUUUUCGACCUGAAGCCAUUCAGCGACUGGCAGAUAUCUACAUACGUGACAUUGAGGAUCUGACUGCUGCGGGUCGCCGAAUGGCAGCGUGCCCUUACUAUGCCAGCCGAUAUGCCGUGGCCGCCGCUGAAUUGGUACUGCUUCCCUACCAGAUGAUUCUGCACCAGACUACAAGAGAGUCGUGCAGUCUGCCUCUAGGGGGCAAUGUGGUGAUUAUCGACGAAGCCCAUAAUCUCCUGGACGCGUUGGACGAGAUGUACAGCUCCGAGGUGGACGGCCGACUGUUAGAGCUGUGCUCCGUUCAACUGGACCGAUAUUUGGGACGUUACUCGAAACGUCUGAACGCUAAAAACCUCGUCUACGUCCGUCAGCUGUCGCUAGUAGUUGCCAACUUUUUAAAGUACCUAAAGACUAACAGUGAUAAGAAGGGUGAUUCUCAGGUGAUGACGAUUAAUGAUUUUACGUUCACCACGGACACGGAUGCGGUGAACUGGUUUAAAGUGAUUCGCUACGUUGAAAAGAGUCAGAUCUGCCGAAAAAUGCGCGGCUUUGCCUUAAGGUUUGGCGAAGAAGUCAGAACCGCUUCAGACGAAGGUUCCGGAGCUUCCGGUAGUAUGCUUCCUGCUGCCGGAUGUUUCGACACAUUGGUCUCGUUUCUGCGCGCCAUUUCAGGGUCCAGUAAAGAUUGUAGACUUAUAUACUUUAGAGGCGAUCAAUUCGUUUGUGGGCGACUGAAGAUAGUUUGCCUGAAUCCGGCGGCCCACAUUCGUAACGUACUCGACGAAGCGCAUUCCGUGAUUCUGGCCGGCGGUACUCUCGAGCCCGUAGACGAACUUUACGACAGACUGUUCGACCUGUGCUCGAUCGCGCGAAGUCGAAUAUCGCAUUUCAGCUGUGGUCACAUCGUGCCGAAGGAAAACCUAUUGCCGGUCAUUGUGUGCCGGGGACCCCGUGGCGGCAAUAUGCGGUUCAACUACCAAACGCGAACGCAACCUGCCCUCAUGACAGAGCUUGGCCAGAUUUUGAUUUCGCUUGCUACAGUAGUGCCCGGCGGGGUCGUGUGCUUUUUCUCAUCCUACGGCUACCUUUCGGCGGUCUGCGAUGCGUUGUCUUCGGAUAGCAUGCUACAGGAACUGGAGACGCUCAAACGUGUUUUCAUAGAGCCCAAAAACGCAUCCCAGGUGCCCAGCUUGCUCAAAGAAUACGCAGAGAACGUACAGAUGAGCGAAGGGAUCAACUUUUCGGACGACCUUGGUCGAUGUGUCGCCAUGAUCGGACUACCGUACGCCAAUGUUAAGUCCAUAGAGCUGCAGACCAAGGUCAACUUUCUGAACGCCAUGAAACUGACCGACGGAAAAGCCGAUCGGGGCAAAACUUACUUCUCCAACCUGUGUUUCAAGGCCGUGAACCAGUCGAUCGGCAGAGCUAUAAGACACAGCAACGACUACGCAUCUAUUGUGUUGAUCGACUCUCGCUUCCACGAGAACGCCUGUCAACGCAAGCUACCGAAAUGGAUCAGUGACAACCUGGUCGAGCCCCCCACCUUCUCCGAAUGUUGUGUUCUUUUGACGUCAUUCUAUAAUAACUGUAGAUCAAGAUAUGCCAAAGAAACAGAUACCUUUUGA